AUGAGGAAUGACGGUAACAGAGGCGACCCACAGUCGCUGCCGCCCAGGACGCGGCACGUGAUGUGGAAGCCGAGCGACGUGAGUGCCUCACCGAUCCAUCUUAGCACACCGAGUGCGCACAGGGACCCCAUCGCCAGUAACGGAGCCUUGACCACGAAAGAAGCCGUGAGGGAAGGCAAGCGAUGUUUUGGUCGCAUCCGCGUUGUCGUGCGCUGUCGUCCUUUGCGGCCAGACACGGAAGCUGACCACUCAACCGAGUGUGUCCAUAUCAAAGGCGACGAGGUGAUCGUGUGUGACAGGGCGACGCGAAAAGAAGGCCGAUCCUACCGUUUUGAUCGGGUUCUGCCUGCCGAAGCGGACCAGGUGACGACCUUCGCCGAGAUUGCCCCUCUCGUAGAGCACGUUCUCGAUGGUUUUCAUGCCACCGUAUUCGCCUAUGGACAAACAGGUAGUGGCAAGACCCAUACCAUGGAUGGCUUGCGCUACGCACCGAACUCGCAGCAGCGCAAGGCAGUCUUAGCGGAUGUGGACGGGACAGAAGUGCAGCGACAUGGCAUCAUGCCUCGUGUUAUACAGCUGCUCUUUGACCGCGCACGUGAGCGGCAACCCGCGACCGUCUUGGAGGGCACUGAAGCGCAGCAUGAUGCAGAGAUGCCGGACGACGGGGUAGAGUACACGUUCCGCUGCAGCUUCUACCAGAUCUACAACGAAAAGAUCACCGAUCUACUUCGCGGCACCAGUGUCUCGGGGGAUGCCGGCGAAGCAGCAGCGUCGUCUUCGUCCAUGUCGUCGGCGCUGACGAAGCUUAAGGUGGGUGCGCGCAGCAGAAGAGGCGUCGGUGUGGGAAACCUGCGUGUGCGCUGGCACAAGGGCGACGUCUUCACGGUGGAGAAUUUGUUUAUGUGCACCUGCAACUCCCCGGGUGAGAUGCGGGAGAUGCUGUUCAGUGGCAUUCAGCAAAAAGUGAUGAGCAGCCACCUACUGAAUGACCAGUCUUCCCGCUCUCAUUGUGUUUUCACCAUCUAUGUGGAAAGCCGCGCGCGCCGGAAAGGCGAGCUGCUUAGCCGAUCGGAGCUGUCACUCGUGGAUCUGGCCGGCUCCGAAAAGUUAGGUCUUCUCUCCCACAACCCAAGCCCCAGGCUUGUCAAGGAGUCGAUCGACAUCAACACAUCGCUGCUGGCUCUAGGAAAGGUGAUCACAGCACUCAGUAGUGGUCCUGUCUCGGCAGCUGCGGAGCUCAAAAGGAAAAACCUCUGUCUGGAACCUCGCGCUCGCGGCGGUGCAGAGCAGCAGCCGGCCGUCCGGCACAUUCCCUAUCGUGACAGCAAGCUGACCAUGCUCCUGAAGCAUGCUCUCGGUGGCAACUCCCUCACCACCAUGAUUGCUUGCAUCAAUCCCUCGGACAGCUACGUGGACGAGACGACCUCCACGCUCCUCUACGCGGGUCGGGCGAAGAACAUACGUAAUGCGCCGCACGUAAACGAGGACGCGACGACGGUGCUGAUUCGGCAGCUCCGGGAGGAGAUUGCUCAACUUAAAGCAGAGCUCGGCUAUUACCGAGAGAUGGCGACGAACUCACUGGUAGAGCGAGAGGGGCGCGUGAACGCGUGCAAAUUCUGCGGCGGUGGCGUCUACAGGGAUCCCCCACGCUCCGUCGACCCAUCGAGCCUCACUCCCCGCGGCACGGCAAAAGACAUCGCCACUGUACAAGAGGUGGAUCAACUCGCUGACUCGCUUGUGGCUGCGUGCGGGAUGCUAGCCAACUUGAUGCAAGUAAAUGCGCAGCUGCGCGAGUUCUAUGACGCGGCGCGAGACAGGCAGGACGCUGCGGAACGCCGCGAGACAGAGCUCAACGCCGAAAACCUGGCGCUUCGUGAGCGCCUUGCCGUGCUGGAAGACAUUGUGCUGCAAGACGAAGAUCUGGAGGAGGUCAAGGGGAACAAAAGGAUCGGCAACAGUGAUGCCAGCGACGCAGACGAGACUCUUAACAGCAGCGAGUCAGGGGCGCGAGCGAGCAAGUCGUACAAGAGAAGGGGACGCUCGCGUGCGCUAGAAGAGACACUUGCGGUGGCGAAAGAGUCCACCCCUGCGCCGGCUCACGGGUGGGCUGCAGACGACACUGCGCGUGGCGGCAAGCUUGUCGGCAAAACUGCUGCAGGAAGCUCCUCUUCUCAGAGGCUCGCUUCCUCGUCAACAGCCGUUGGGCAACCUGCCUCCGCGACGAAGGAGCAUUGCGAACCCAACACGCCCGCCUGUACAUCACCAUCCACGCAGCCAGUGGCGCAGCCCAUGGCAUGCAGCCCAGUGCGUGAGUGUGCACCUGACAGCGAGGCGGUGGCGUCGCCGAUGCGCAAGAUCGCACCUGGCCCGUCCACCAUGGUUGAGCAGCUCUCCAUCGCGCUGCGUGGCGUGCCAAAUGGCAGUCCCUCAUGCGACGAGGCCACGCUGAAGUGCCCAGCCGACCGUGAGUCCUCCAGGAAACGUGCAAUGGAUGAGGAGGACCGACGACGACCUCAUGGUCGGAAAAAGACAGAGAAGAAGCGUAAUGUGCUGGCGAGCCGUCUCAAGGAGUACGAGGCGCAGUACCGGACACCUCACACCAUUGAAACGUACGCUGACUACUACAGGCAGCCGGCACGCAGCCAGAGUCUGGCGGUUGUCGUUCCUGGAGUUCCUGCUAUCCGAGCCUCAGAGGCUGUUGCGCCGCAGGUGACGGCCACACUGCGGGAGAUGAAGAUGACAGUGUCAAAGCUGCCAAAGGCGGUUGUGCGAGAGUACGUGCCCGCCUCUCUUUUGCGGCCGGGUCUGGUCGGGUCCUUGGCGUUUGGCGGUGGCGAUUCUGAGAAGGCGUUGUUUGAGCAAAACCGUAGCUCCCGCGAGGCGCGUCUGCAUGCGUUGCAGCAGCGUCAGCAGGAGUUGUACCGGCAGGUUCACCUGGCCGUUCAUGGACUUCGAUCCGAGGAUCAAGCAAGUAUCGUCUCUCCUCCCCCGUCCGCGUCAGCCACUUCGUCAGCAGCCAAUGCGCCGCAGCAACCAAACUACUCGAGCGAUAUCCCAGUCAUUGCGGGCCAGCGAGAAGAGAUGAGCAGCAGCAGAAGCGGCUUUGCACAUCCUUCUUGUGGGCCGGCCCUAGCCUACCCUCCCCAGGCUGUUAAUCGCACUACCACCGGCCCGUACCGUGAGCCGAGUAUGCGACAGCGACCAUCCGCGCCAUCCGACAACAUGAAACGGCUUAUGAGGUACAUGGAACGCGACCGGUGA